AUGAGUGAAAUAAGGGUGAAAAAUGGUAAGCUGGAAAUUACAAGAAAGAAUGAUGAAAAUCAUACCAAGUUAGACUUGCUGGAUUUAUAUAAAAAAAAAUAUCAAAGCAUAGACAUAAAUAAAGCUAAAAAUGUUUUAAAUGACUAUUUUAAUUAUCCUGAUUUUAAAGAAAAACAAAUAGAGUGUUUAAAUGGAAUUAAAAAUUUUGAACAUAUUUUAAAUAUUAUGCCAACAGGAGGAGGAAAAUCUUUAAUAUAUCAGAUUAUGCCAUUAAUUGUUGAUGGUAUAAGUAUUGUAAUUAGUCCUUUAAUUUCAUUAAUACAAGAUCAAGUAAAAUCUUUAAGAAAUAGAAAUAUAUUUUCUGAAACAAUUAAUAGUUCUUUAAAUAAAAAAGAAAAUCAAAAUAUAUUAGCUAUGCUAAAAAGUUUCAAUGAUUGUAAUAUAAAAGUUUUAUAUAUUACUCCUGAAACAGCUACAAGUUCACAAUUUAUGCCUCUUUUAGAAGAACUUUAUUUAAAUGGAAAAAUAUCUUUAAUAUCAAUAGAUGAAGUACAUUGUAUUAGUACUUGGGGGUGUGACUUUAGAAAAAGUUAUAGACUUUUAAGUAAAUUAUUGAAUGCUUGUCCAUAUGUUCGAGUAUAUAGUUGUACAGCUACUGCAACAAAACAUGUGGAAAGGGAUAUAAUUACUAAUUUAGGAUUUCAUGAUUUGAAUAAUAACAAAAGUGAUAAUGAAGACAUAGAUAUGUAUAAGGGAUUAAAAAUUGUAAGAACAUCCUUCAAUAGACCAAACAUUAAAUAUGUAGUAAUUUAUAGUGAUUUAUUAAAAGUUGAUAAAAAAGAAAAUAUAUGUGAUAUAGUUAGAGAAAAAAGAAAUGAAGGAAAAACAGGAAUUAUUUAUUGCUUUAAAAGAAAAACUUGUGAUACGAUUUCAAAAUAUUUAAGAGAAAAUGGAAUACAAUCAUUAAGUUACCAUGCAGGUUUAACUAAUAAUGCAAGAAAACAAAUUCAAGACAAAUGGAUUAAUGGUACUGUAAAAAUAUUAGUAGCUACAAUAGCAUUUGGAAUGGGUAUAGACAGAAAAGAUGUAUCAUAUAUUAUACAUUAUAAUUUACCUAAAUCUAUAGAAAAUUAUUAUCAAGAAUCUGGUAGAGCUGGUAGAAAUGGAAAUAUUGCAUUUUGCUAUUUAUAUUAUUCUAAGGAAGAUGUAGAAAAGUUAGCAUUUAUAAUAAAAGGAUGCUAUUCAAAUUUAGAUGCGUAUAAUCCAAAUAUGGAAAAAAGAUUCGAAAAAGAAAUGCAUAAUUUAGAGUGUGUUCACAAUUUAUGCAUUACUCAGAAAUGCAUACGGACUCAAAUUUUAAAUUAUUUUGGAGAAUCUUAUAAAAAAGACAAUCAUAACAAAGAUGAUAAAUCUGAUAUUAAUUAUUGCUGUUCAUAUUGUUUUGAUAUUAGAGGCUCUGUGGAUAAAAUAAUGCAAAUAAACAAUUUGUAUCAACAAGAAAAUUGGAACCCAAAAUUUCAUAAAAAAACAAAUGACUAUAAUAAUGCAACAUCUUAUGAAUAUUCUCAUAAAGGGAAAAAACAUAAGUUAAGUGAUAAUGAUUCCGAUUCUAAUCAGGGUGAAGAAAUAGGAUAUAAUGAUUAUAAAUUAAAUAAUAAUAGGAUUAAAGGAUUUGUACCUUUUCAAAAAGCAUCCUCAAUUAUAUCAAAAGAUAUACGAGAAAAAGGAAUAGUUGAAGUUAUGAAAGAAUUAGAAAGACGUGAAGAAAUGGCAGAAAUUAAAUUACAAGAAAAAAAUGAUAAAAUUCCUAAGGUAAGCAGAUUAAUACCUAGUUGUGCUAAUAUAAAAAAGAAAAAUAUUAUAUCAUCUUUUAAAGUUCCUCGAAAACUAUAG